UAUUUCUGUUGUCAUUCUUGUCUUUAACUUUCUCUCUCCUCUUUCUCUCUCUUCAAACCAAACCAGACCCACUUCCUCCGUUCAUCUCCAAACUUUGUGAUUUGUGUAACUACUUUUGUCAUUUCCUCUUUGAUCCAGCACACACUCCUCCUCCUUUUUGUUACCUUAAUCUGUUUUGCCACAAAAAAAAUUGUGUCUCCCGUUUUUUCCCUCUGUUGUUCUUGUCUUUGAACAUUUGAGAUGAUUUGUUUGUGUUUUUUAGGGUGAAGGAAUGUAGUUGUAGAAGGUGAUUCUUUUGAGCAAAUCCUCAUUGAUGGGGAUGUUUCAACAAAUUUCAUAAAUUUAAUUCAUUUUGAUCACCCCCAAUUUACUAGAUUGUGAAAUCUUGUUGGGUUUGGUGGAAUUUAGAAGAAAGUUGGGAUUUUUGUUUAUUCAGUGUGGAGAAUCAAUUUGGUCUUUUUUUUUCCCUUCCUCUGUUUGUAUUUUUCUACAAUCAAGGGUUGAUUUGUGCUUAAAUUUGAAAGGUAAAGGCCACAUAGUAUUGAAAGGUGAUUUUAUCAUGGAUCAUGUGAUUGGUGGAAAGUUUAAACUUGGAAGGAAAAUUGGGAGUGGCUCUUUUGGGGAGCUCUAUUUAGCUGUUAAUAUACAAACUGGAGAGGAGGUGGCUGUUAAGCUGGAACCUGUGAAGACUAGGCAUCCACAGCUUCACUAUGAAUCAAAAUUGUAUAUGCUUCUUCAAGGAGGAACUGGGGUUCCCCACCUCAAAUGGUUUGGAGUUGAGGGAGAGUACAAUGUCAUGGCUAUCGACCUUCUUGGACCAAGUUUGGAAGACUUAUUCAAUUAUUGUAACCGGAAAUUCACAUUGAAGUCCGUGUUAAUGCUUGCUGAUCAAUUGAUUAACCGAGUUGAAUACAUGCAUUCAAGAGGUUUUCUUCACCGCGACAUAAAGCCGGACAAUUUUUUGAUGGGCCUAGGACGUAAAGCAAAUCAAGUGUACAUCAUUGACUAUGGCCUUGCGAAAAAAUAUAGGGAUCUUCAGACUCAUAGGCACAUACCAUACAGGGAGAACAAGAACCUUACAGGCACAGCGCGCUAUGCAAGUGUCAACACUCAUCUUGGAAUCGAACAAAGCAGAAGGGAUGAUCUGGAAUCUCUAGGUUAUGUGCUCAUGUAUUUCAUAAAAGGAAGUCUUCCCUGGCAGGGACUAAAGGCUGGAACGAAAAAACAAAAAUAUGACAAAAUUAGUGAGACGAAGGUUUCAACUCCCGUAGAGGUGCUCUGCAAAUCAUAUCCUUCUGAGUUUGUAUCAUACUUCCACUAUUGCCGAUCUUUGAGGUUCGAGGACAAGCCAGAUUAUUCAUAUUUGAAGAGACUUUUCCGAGACCUAUUUAUUCGAGAAGGCUAUCAAUUUGACUAUGUUUUUGACUGGACUGUAUUGAAGUAUCCACAGGUCAGUAACAAUGGCAGUGGCAGCUCUAGAGGGCGGUAUGGCACUGGCAAGGCAGCUAUGCAUACAGGUCCACCGGCGCAAAAACCAGAAAAGAUCCCAGUCGGGAGGGAGAUUCGAGAGAAAUUAUCUGGUGGUGUUGAAGCAUUCACCCAGAGGAACCGCCCAGGUUCUAGUCCUCUUGGUGAACACACCAGACAUAGGACUUUUGAGGAUGUGCCAAUGCAUAAGGAUAUGCACUAUGCGCAACACAAUGCUACUCGAUAUGGCAGCACUUCAAGAAGAGCCAUGGCCUCAUCAAACAAGCCAAAUACUUCAGGUGACCAUACCGGCAGGAUGACCACAAGUGGGAACCGACCAUCUGCCGCACAUAGAAUUCAACCAAUGUAUGACACCAAACAAGCAACUUUCGCACGCAAUGGGUCACUGAGAGGCAACCGCGAUGAUCCUCUGAGGAACUUUGAACUCCUCACUAUCAGGAAGUAAUCUCAAGGGUGUGUCAUUUCUAAAUUUCUGACACACCUGAGAUUUCUAGAAGCCUUAUGGAAAGAAACAAAAGAAUCGAAUUCAUGGAUAUUAUUAAUGAAUUAACAUUGAGGUCAUGAUGGCGUGAUCUCCUGAUAUCAUUUUUGGACUCCCCCAGGAUUGCUUCAGAAGAUUUCUCAGUAACUGUAAUGUGUUCUAUAAAGUGUCAAAGAUGUAAUUCAACGAAAUGAUUAUUUUUAUAAAUAAAGUAUUGUACUGGAUGAAACUUGAGUUGGAGCAAGUUCUGUGGUAUACAGUGUUAUUCCUUGUUGACAAUGAAUCAUUUAAAUUUAAUGUAGUUAAUAUAUGGAGCAAUGAAUGA